UAACGACUUCAUACACAGGUGCCCAAUAGAAUUUGAUUUCAGACACAGGAAGACACGGACAUGGCUUCGCUACCGUACGCCGACGUGGAUUUCAGCUUGAGAGCAUUGUCCGGUAGGGCCGAGGGCUUCGGCCGGUUCGCCAUCGGCGGCCUCCACGGGCCGCUCUAUUUCGUCACCACUUUGGCAGAUGAUGGUCCAGGCUCACUUCGUGAAGGAUGUCGAAAACAAGAACCACUGUGGAUUGUCUUUGAGGUUUCUGGCACCAUUCACCUUUCGUCUUACUUGAGUGUGUCAUCUUAUAAGACAAUUGAUGGACGAGGCCAGAGAGUAAAGCUCACAGGAAAGGGCCUUAGACUGAAGGAAUGUGAACACAUAAUUGUCUGCAACCUUGAGUUUCAAGGCGGUAGAGGACAUGAUGUUGAUGGCAUUCAGAUAAAACCGAAUUCUAGGCACAUUUGGAUAGACCGAUGCAGCCUUCGUGAUUAUGAUGAUGGACUCAUAGAUAUCACCAGACAAAGUACAGAUAUAACUAUCUCUAGAUGUUACUUCGCACAACAUGACAAGACAAUGCUUAUUGGAGCAGACCCCUCCCACGUUGGCGAUAGAUGCAUUCGGGUGACAAUUCAUCAUUGUUUUUUCGAUGGGACAAGGCAAAGACAACCUCGCCUUAGAUUUGGGAAAGUUCAUCUUUACAACAAUUACACUCGAAACUGGGGUAUAUAUGCUGUUUGCGCCAGCGUAGAAUCCCAGAUAUACUCCCAAUGCAACAUAUACGAAGCAGGAAAUAAGAAAAAGACUUUCGAAUAUUAUACAGAAAAGGCAGCAGACAGAGAAGAGGCAAAAUCUGGCUUCAUAAGAUCUGAGGGCGACCUAUUCCUGAAUGGAGCUCAACCAUGCGCAUUAACAGGGUUCAAUCAAGAAUGCAUGUUCCAUCCAAGCGAAUUUUAUUCACAUUGGACUAUGGAAGCCGCCUCAGAUUCUCUUAAAACUAUUCUCCAAAUUCUUACAGGUUGGCAAUCCAUUCAUAGGCCGGCAGAGCAGGCGCAGGCGGUAACUGUAUAGCUUUUUAUUAUCACACAUGUAUAACAGGAUUUUAUAGAUCCUGUUACAGAAUAUGCUUUACUUCUGUUUUAAUUUUGUUUAAGCUGAGUGAAUGAACUCCAAAUUCGCUAUCUUUUUAUUGUAGCUUAAAGGAGUAAUCCAUCAAUUAUGAUAAGUAUUCCAUAACACA